GAUGUACCUAUUUUUGUUAUGAUGUCUCCGGCUGGCUAUUCAUACGCAAGAGAGGAGGAUGCCUUGGCAUAUAUGUCAAAGUGCUUUCUUGUUAAUUUUAACAUUGAUUUUUGUAAUCCAAUCCCAAUGGGUGUCGGUCGCGGUGGUUAAUAGUGACAGAGAAGGGAUGGUCGACGACUCGACAACGUGGUCUCUUAAUUUGACAUUAAUGCAUCUUGACUUACUUGUAGUUCUUGAGUCAAUUAUUUAAUUAACAAACCUAACCAAGAAACUCCAGAACUGAUAUGAACCAUGAUACCUUAGAAGGGACGCUGCGAUGGAGGGCUAGAAAACUUUACGAAGCUUUGUUUCUUCCAUCAAUCAUCUUCAGGUUCCUUCCAGCAGCACGCAACCUAUCUAUUAUGUGAUAUGUGAGACCUCUCUAAUCUGUAUUUCGUAUGGGCUAUUAUUUCAUGAUUGUCGAAAUUUCUUCAUUUUUUCUUAAUAUUAUUAGUUUAAUAAUAGAAGGAAAAAAUAUUUCUGGAAUCGGCAUGUAUGUAUUAAACUAAUUCAGGGGCAGUGGAUGAUGCAUUUCAGAUAUGGUUAGGUUUGCAGAUUGAAGUCAAGUACAGCUGAAUCUUUGUGUUCGUCUCAAAUUUGGAAUAAUGCUUCUCAAAUGUUUGGGUUUUUGCCGCUCAGAGCAUACAAGUGCAUCUCGGAGACAGAGACAGUAUCCAACAGUAAUAGAGGAGCUGUGCCAUCAAUUUUCCCUGGAUGAUCUUAGGAAAUCAACUAACAACUUUGAUGAAAACAAAAUACUUGGACGUGGAGACUAUUGUACAGUAUAUAAAGGUUGUCUCCAACAUAAUGGUGCUACAGAUUAUACAGUGGCCUUAAAGCGAAUGUGUGAGGGUACUGGCCCAGUGUGCCAACAGUUCAAGAAGGAAAUAGAGUUGCUCUGCCAGCUUCAUCACCCUAAUUUGAUGCCUCUUAUAGGAUUCUGCAAUAACAAAGAUGAGAAGAUUAUUGUGUACGACUACAUGCCCAAUGGAUCUUUCGAUGAUCGUCUUCGUCAACGCAAUGGGGACAAGAUACCACUCUCAUGGAAGAAAAGGCUAGAGAUAUGCAUAGGAAUAUCAAGUGGGGUACACUACCUUCACACGGGAGCCAAACGCACCAUAAUUCACCGUGACAUAAAACCUAGUAACAUCCUUUUGGACAGCAAUAUGAUUCCCAAACUCACAUAUUUCAGCCUUUACUUACAAGGACCACUUUUUUCCUCAAAGCCAAAACUUAUUAAAACUGAACAAGUUGCAGGUACAAUUGGUUUCUUAGCUCCUGAGAAUUUCAGCAAACCUAUGCCCGACUUGACAGAUAGAAGUGAUGUUUAUUCCUUUGGUGCGUUUCUGUUAGAAGUGGUUUGCAGAGAGUCAUAUACUAAAAUUUUAAGGGAGAUGAGAGAGCUCCCAAGUGAAGAAUUAGAUAUGCCUAUAAUUUCAGAUGGUGCACGUGUUCCUAACAUAAUGCAAGGGCUCACAGUUGAGCAGAUUAUUGAUCCCACUAUUGCGGGAAAAAUAGCACCAGAUUGUUGGGAAGUGUUUAUAGAUAUCAUAGACAGAUGCUUGAAGCAUGAACCAAGUGAACGACCAGCUAUGGGCGAAGUAGAGGUGGAACUUGAGCAUGCUCUGUCAUUGCAACAGGAAGCUGAUGCCAACAACACUAGUGGCGAGUAUAGCUUCUUAUCGACCAGCAUUACUCAACCUCAACAAUUACAAGAGGAGGCGCCAAUUUCAGCAUAGAGUUAUUAGUUGCGGUCAUCAGUUGUUCUUGUAUUGUUUCCACAUGUUUCUAAUUUUAGCGAGCAAAGUACAUAAGCAAAAUACCAAUGAGAAAAAACAGAAGCAAAGGAACAUGUGAAUUAAAUAUACAAUUAAUUACUAUUAUCGAAAAUAAAUAACGUAGAACAUACAUUUUAUGAUGUGCCAUCUAG